AUGGCACCGGCGACUGCAGCGUCGGCGUCGCUGACACGCGACAAUAUCAAGUUCCUGGCCAUCGCGCGUGCCACGGACAAAGUGAUCGUGGCCAGUUAUAUGCACCAGUCAGGUGGAAAACCUGCGCGUGGAGGAGAGGUCGAGGUGAACACAUUCAGAGAAAUGCUGAGCAAGGUGAUCCGAGCCCCGACGUGGAAGACACAAGUGACACCCAACGGCCGCCACUCGCUCGAGUGCGACCCCAAUAAGUUCCACUUCACUAUGAACAACGACGAGCUCGUGUUUGCAGCCAUCACCGCCAAGGACUACCCCAUCCGAUUGGCUUUUCAGAUGAUCUCUGCGGUACAGACUGAGAUCGUGCCAAAAUACGGAUCAAAGGCACUGACGUGUCGAGAGAAUGGACUGGAUAAGGACUGCGCCAAGGCGUUCGCAGCUAUUGCCAGUGGAUACGACGACCGCACCAAGGUGGAUAAGCUGUCCGAGGUGAUGCAUCAGGUGGACGGCGUCAAGACGGUUAUGCACAAUAAUAUUCAAGUGGUGCUGUCCAAUACGGAGAAGAUGGAGGUCGUGGAACAAAAGACCAACGACCUGAACGAGCAAGCCAAAGUCUUCCGCAACACUGGUCGAAAGCUGCGUCGGCAAAUGUGGUGGAAGAACGUCAAGCUCACGAUCCUGCUGGGCAUCUGCGCUGUGCUCGUCCUCCUCAUCCUCCUCGCAGUGCUAGGCGUCUUCAAAAGCUCCAGCAAGGACUCCAAGAGAUUACUCCGAGCCUUGUAA